AAACCCACUCCACUACCUCCUCUUUCCCACACCCAAAAUCGCAAUUCCACUUUCCACAACCAAAACACACACACUCUUAAUUCUCUCGUCAGUCCAACCUUUGUAACCGACAGUGAACUAAAUGGGUGUGCUGAGCGAAGACCCGAACCCGAAACCCAUCGUGAUCCGUGAUGUAUGGGCCUCCAAUUUAGAAUCCGAAUUCAAACUCAUCGGCGAACUCAUUGACCGUUACCCUUUCAUCUCCAUGGACACCGAGUUCCCCGGCGUCAUCUUCCGCCCCCACAAUCACCACCACCACCACCGCCUCCGCCCCUCCGAUCACUAUCGCCUCCUCAAGUCAAACGUCGACGCCCUUAACCUUAUUCAGGUCGGACUCACCCUCUCCGACGCCGCCGGCAACCUUCCCGACCUCGGCACCGCCGAGAACCGCUUCAUCUGGGAAUUCAACUUCCGUGACUUCAAUGUAGCGCGUGACGCCUACGCUCCGGACUCCAUCGCCCUGCUCCGCCGCCAGGGGAUCGAUUUCGCCCGCAACGCCGCCGCUGGCGCCGACUGCACCCGAUUCGCGGAGUUGAUGAUGUCAUCAGGACUCGUCUGCAACGAAUCGGUGAGUUGGGUCACGUUCCACAGCGCGUACGAUUUCGGGUACCUAGUGAAGAUCCUGACCCGACGGAACUUACCGACCCGGUUGGAGGAGUUUUUGAGCAUAGUGAAUGUGAUCUUCGGAAACAGCGUUUAUGACGUCAAACACAUGAUGCGGUUCUGUGAGACACUCUAUGGCGGUCUGGACCGGGUUGCCCAAACACUCAACGUGGACCGGGCGGUUGGGAAGUGCCACCAGGCCGGUUCGGAUAGCUUGCUGACGUGGCACGCGUUUCAGAAGAUUAGAGACACUUAUUUUGUAAAAGAUGAGCAUAAAAAACAUGCCGGCGUGUUGUAUGGGUUAGAGGUGUUCUUUUUCUGUUAAUUAAAAAAAAGUUUAAGUAUAAAUAA